AGUCGUCGCAAUGAAGCGUUGGUCAGUCCAUGAAACAUUCCCACUAGCGCAUCUACUGCAAUACGACUUUCUCAGAUCAUUUAAUUUGUUUAAUUAUGGGACCAUUUGAGAUCUUGUGCAUAGUCGUUGCCAUUUACAUUUUCAUCAACUGCUACAGAACAUCUAAACAUGAAUUCUGGAAAAAUCAAGGAGUUCCAGGACCAAAACCACUGUUGUUCUUGGGAAAUUUUAAGGAUAUACUGUUAAAUCGAUUGUCGCCUGGGGAAUUUGCCAAAAAUAUUUACGAUGAAUUUACAAACGAGUCUAUGGUUGGAGUUUAUGCUAGAAAUACGCCGAUUUUGAUCAUCAAAGACGCGGAAGUCAUAAAAGACGUAUUGAUAAAAGAUUUUAAUAUUUUUGCCAAUCGCGGGUUACCAGUGCAUGAAAAAAUAGAGCCUAUGUCUCAAAAUCUUGUAAAUCUAGAACCAGAUAGGUGGAGACCUUUGAGGAAAAAACUUUCUCCCGUUUUUACGUCAGGAAAAUUAAGAGAAAUGUUUUAUCUUCUCCUGGAAAGCUCAAAUCAUUUUGAACAAUAUUUGGAAAAAAUAGUACCUAAAAACGAAUCAAUUGAGUGCCGACAACUCACAUCGAAAUUCACGAUGGAUGUGAUUGGCUCCUGUGCUUUUGGAAUUGACAUAAAUACUCUCUCUGACGAAAAAAAUGAUUUUACACGAAUGGGACGAAAAAUUUUCGACGACAGUUUUCGGCGAUCAAUGAGGAUAAAAGUGAGAGAUCUGGCGCCAUGGUUAUUUAAACUUCUUGGGCCCUUUUUGAUAGAUCGGGAGAUGAACGAUUUUUUUACGAAUUUAAUCUCAGAAACAAUGGAAUACAGAAAGAAAAACAAUGUCGUUAGACAUGACUUUGUAGAUUUAUUGCUGUUUAUGAAAGAAAAUCCAGACAAAUUGAAUGACAUCAAAAUGACGGACUCUUUGCUGGCAGCUCAGGCAUUUGUCUUCUUUGCCGCAGGUUUCGAAACAUCCUCAACAACAAUGAGUAAUGCCUUAUAUGAACUGGCUCUAAAUCCCUCAAUUCAAGAUGAACUUCGUAAAGAAAUUGAGAAUGAGCUAAAAACAUCAGAUGGGAAAUUGACAUACGAUGGAGUGAAACAUAUGAAAUACUUGCACAAGGUGUUUCAAGAAACACUCAGGAAGUACCCACCAGCAACACUGCUCGUUAGAAAAUCUUCUAAAAAGUACACAUUCUCUGGAACCAAAGUGACAAUACCAAAGGAUACAAACGUGUGGAUUCCAGUCUAUGGAAUUCAUCGUGAUCCGAAAAAUUAUCCAGAUCCAAACAUUUUUGAUCCAGAGAGGUUUGACGAUAAUGAAGUGACAUCUCGUCAUCCUAUGGUCUAUUUGCCUUUCGGAGAAGGGCCAAGAAAUUGCAUUGGAGCAAGAUUUGCAAUAUUUCAAACGAAAGUUGGUCUUAUCAGAAUUCUCCAAAAUUACAAGGUCAACCAAUGUGAUAAAACACCUAUUCCAUACAUUAACAAUCCUAGGGCUUUUUUGCUAGCUCCCAUGGGUGGCAUACACUUAAAAUUCUCGAAAGUGUCUUAAAAUAUAAGUAAGGUAGUAAAAUAUAUGGCAAUGAUAUAUUUAUUAAAAUAUAAAUUAUAUUUUCCAUGA